CAGCUGGUCUCUCUGUGCUGCUCCGUUCUUCAGACCCGGUCUCCACCAUCAUGCUGGCUCGAACUCUUCUCCAGACCUCCCUGGUUCUCUGGCUGGCUCAGCAAACUCUGCAAGGCGGGGUUAAACCUCAGAGUGUAUCCUGGGGGAGAGUGCUGCCAGCCAGAGGUGUUGGCGUUGGAGUAAAACCUGGGGUUGCAGGCGCGCUUGGAGCACUGGGAAACAGAUAUGGCAGCAAAGCAAUGAAGACUGGAAAUGGCCGUUAUCCAGGGGCUCAGCUUGGUGUUGGGGGUUACAGAUCUCUUGGAUUAGGAGGUAGAGCCGGCCUGAAGCAAGGUGCAUAUGGAGCCCAGGGACCCUAUGGUGCCAGUCUGGGCACAGGAAUGCCACUGGGGACUGGACUUACAAAUGGAAUGGGACUGGGCUUAGGCCAAGCAGGGAAACAUGCUUAUGGUGCCGGCCUUGGCACUCAGCCAGGAUACGGGGCUUUACCUGGCAAUGGUUACCCUGGAGCCCGAUCAGGACCUGGACUUUGGUAUCCCACUGGGCAGAGGGCUGAGCAACAGAUACCCGGUGUGUCUGCAGCAGAUUUGGGUGGACCUGAGCUGGCCGGUCUGGGCCAAGCUGUUCAAGAUCUGAAGAGAGAAAAGAGCAGAGCACUAGCGCCCUUGUAUGGAAAACAUGACAGAACUCUAGGACCUGAAAUACCAGUUGGACGAGGCAGCGUUCUUGGUCCUGCUGAACCUGAAUUACAGGCAGGACGAGAGGCCAAAGGCCUCGGUCCAGUAAUUAAGUCAUCAAGUCUCGGAUCUACAAUGCCUCUUGAUAAACCGAGUAAAACUCUUGGCCUGGCUGUUUCACAAGCACGGGGAGGAGAAAGUUAUGAGCCUAUGGUUUUGAAAAGAAAGAGCACCACAGGCCGUGGAGCCACACUGGCAGCUGGAGGAGUAAGACAGCAGCUGCCUCUUAAAAAAGACAUCGGAAGCCUGAGCUCUGCUUCCUCUCGGGUACAGAGUGCCAAAGACUAUGAUUCAUCUAUUCACCAAAAUCGGCGAGCUAAAAACUGUGGAUCCACCAGUGAUUUGGAAAUCAAUCAGCAUGAGCUUUUGGGAUCAGAAACACAGAGUCAGAGUUUAGUGCCUCGACCUCAUCUUGGUAAAGACGGCAGACAUCUUGGACAUGAGACUCCACAAGCACAAACAGAGAAAACCUAUCCACUGCCUCUUACACAAACUCAAGAUCUCGGAGGCAAUAUAGUCUCUCUUCCAACGGGUCAGGGAACCAGAAACUAUUUAUCUGCUGCAGCAGACAGGCAGGGUGUCAGAGACCUUGGGCUUGUGACUAAAGACACAAAUGGGUUUAGAAUCCGUGGGACUGUUGCUGUAGAAAACCGUAGUCAUGGUUCUCUAAAUCUUCAAGUACAAGGAAGGGGGAGCCAUGGACCGGUAAUCCCACAUGCAAGUGGAACCCAAAGUUUAGGUAUCGCCUCAGUAGAGGGGCAGGAAGCUAAAAGCUUUACUGCUGGUACUCAGGAAAGAAAGGGGAUUUAUCAUGAUGCCAAAGAGCCAAAAGCUCUCACUGUCCCAAGGCAGACUGAGAGGAGUAACCGGGCAACACGUUAUCUUGGUGGAGCAGGAAACCAUCUGGGAGCAGGCCUGGGCCCUGGAGGCUAUGGAGCAGGUUUGGGACAGGGAGCGUACCUGGGCGGUGCAGCUGGCAAACUUAGAGCUGCAGCUGCACUCGGACAGGGUGGGUAUCCUCAAGGUGUUGCAGGGAAGUCAAAUGGCCACGGUGAGGGAGCGACAGGAUACUUGGGAGCUGGAGCAGGCAACGGCUACGGGUACGGGAAUGGUUACAGCGAUGGUUACGGAGCCGGGCUUGGUUACCCUGCAGAGUUAGCUGAUGGUGCUGAGAACAAAGCAGGAAAGAGUCAAGCCCUCGGUGCAGGAGGCUACGCCGGACAGGUUCAAGGGGCAUAUGGAGCCCUUGGUGCAGGACUGGAAUCAACUGGUGGCAAAUAUGGAGGAGGAGCUGCUCAGGUUCCUUACGGUAAUGCUCCAGGGAUUCCUGCCGUACUGGAAGGUGAUGGGGGCUACCCAUACGCUGCUCAACAGCUUGGCCUCGGUGCUGAAGGCGCCAAAACCUCCAACAAAUAUGGAGCUGGGGCAGGAUAUGGAGCUCAGCAAACAGGUUAUGGUGCUCAGCUGGGAGCGUCUCAAGAUGCCUUGGGAGAGCAGGCCGGCAAAUUUGGUGGAGUGAAUGGUGCCCUGGGAAAUGGGUACAAAGGCUAAUUCAAAUGACCUGAACUUCUUCAAGUGGAUCAUUUUCCAAAAUGUGUUCACUGUAAUGUGUUCUUUUUGUGUAUGUGUGUUUCGCUCCAUUUUGUCCUGUUGUGUUGUCUAUUUUGUCUUUUGUUUUAUUUUUCUUACCCCACCCCACCCCAUUGUCUUCCUCUGUAAGUGGACAUUUGUUCCCCAUGUCGGGUGGUCUCAUUGGUCCAAACUCUGCAGCGUCCUUCCUGUCUUAUUCUGUUGAUAUUGAAAAAUUGAUGGCAAACAUAAACAUGAUGAUAAGUGCAAGAAAAUUGUGCCUGUGUUUUUACGAAUUAAUUAUUUACUGUUUUAAUCCAAUAAAUUAUACGUCAAGUGAUGCUGAA